UGAUUUGUAUUCAUUAAUUCAAAGAAAUGGAAAUGUUUUGAGGAGUUUUGAUGAAGUGGAGUUUACGGAAACUCCAUUACACGUAGCUGCAGAAGAAGGAUGCAUUGGGUUCGCAAUGGAGAUGAUGAACUUAAAGCCAUCAUUUCUAGGAAGCUAAACCAACAAGGUUUGAGCCCAAUUCACAUUGCGGUUAAAAAAGGGCAUAAAGAGAUGGUGCUACGCUUCCUAGAGAUUGAUAAAGAUCUUGUUCGUGUCAAAGGGAAGAAGGGUAAGACUCCCUUGCACUUGAUAAGUAAAGUUGGAAACCCUGAUGGCUUGGUCGAUAGGUUUUUGGAGGUUUGUCCCCAAAGUAUCAAAAACGUUACAACUAGGAACCGUACUGCUUUGCAUAUUGCAGCGGAAAAGAAGAGAUUGGACGCUUUCCAGGUUCUAAUUCGAACACUUAAAAAGAAAGACUACUGUCACGAAGUAGUGAACAGGAAAGACGAAGAUGGCAACACUGCACUGCACAUAGCUGCUAUCAAUAAUCAACCCCAGAUGCUCAAACUACUACUAGAAUGCAAAGCUGAUAAGCAUGAGACCAAUGAAGCUGGUUUGACGGCACUGGAGGCAGCGCAUCAACAGAACAAUAUUGAAAGCAUUAGCAUUCUGCGUGAUAGUUUUAGUCCACGAGUUUCCAACUUUAAAUAUAAGUUGAAGAAACAAAUUGGCAAGUAUGUGGCAAAGGCAUCAUCGUUAAUCUUUGACGAUGUAGAUAAUAUAUCAAGCGAGGACCGCAGUACCUUACUAAUAAUUUUAGGACUGCUGCUAACGGCAUCCUUCCAAGUGACUCUUAGCCCGCCUGGCGGUGUUUUGCAAGGAGAAAAUUUCUCAAAGUCCAAAGGAUCAUAUGAUGCAAAUGCGCCCGGGAAAUCAGUCUUGGGUGAAGUUUACUUUCUUCGUUUCUUUGUUCCAACUUAUGUUGUGUUUAUGACAGCAUUUUUCUUAACAGUAGCCCCCCUUAAACCAUUUCCCGUUGGCCUCAGGACAACACUUCAAAUACUACUUGCAUUUUUGGCAAUAUGCUUCAAUCAAUCAGUAAGUAUCAUAGCGCCAACAGAUUUAGCAAGAUAUGUCAUCUAUAUAUUUUCGAUAUUCUUUGUUUUCUUAUUGGUGCUGAUGAGUAUUGUUUAUCGGGCGUCAAAAUUCAUCACUUCAAUUCUGGGAUUUUGGUUAUUCCCAUGGUUAUUAAUUUUUCUCUUUAAUGAAUUUUCGCAAGGAACCAUUUUAAUUGUAGGAUAUUGUUUGUACUUCAUAAUCCUAUUCUUAGGGGGAUGGUUAUUCAUCAGUCUAUAUUAUGAUGCCAAGUCCAUGAGUCAGGGUGUUAAAGGGUAUAUGCAUAUUAAGGUGCGCCUUGAAGUUCGUUGCCCCGUGAAACGAAGGAAGAAGAUUGCUCUCCUAAAGGAUUCUUAUUUCUAUGCGCAAAUUAUAUCAGUUUUUCAGUGGUUAUUAUCUAUUUUUUCUAAUAAUGAUGUUGAUUCUUGCAAGCUAGUUGUUGUUAUAUGUUGGGCUUUACGACACUCAAGAAAUAAGGGGAUUCAUGAGCAUAAAUGGGACACGGUUAAAGACAUUGGUAUGUUUGUAAGAGCAUUCAUGCUAGAGCUAGGAAGUUUGCAACAAAGUGUACCUGUGAAUAUCGAGAGGGUUGUGUCUCGGUGGAAACCCCCUGAUGCCCCUUUUGUCAAGAUUAACUUUGAUGCAGGCUUUGGAGGUUCUGAAAAAUUGGCCAGCACAGGGGUUAUACGAAAUAAUGAAGGUAGAAUUUUGGGUGCAUGCUGCCAUACCAAAAAAUAUAUUCCUAAUGCUUUUGUUGCAGAGGCGUUAGCUGGUGUUCAGGCCCUACAGUUUGCUGCCGAUUUGGGUUUCACUUAA